GCUGUGUGAGGAAGAAGACGAAGGAGACUAUUUUGGUCUGCACACCAGUCUGACUAGCCCCAGGAUCCUAAACUUGGUCGCCUUGACUGGAUUUGACUGAGCUGAAAUCAUGGGAGAGAGAAAAGGAGUGAACAAGUAUUACCCUCCUGAUUUUGACCCUGCUAAGCAUCGCUCCAUCAAUGGCUACUGGAACACUCAUCCGCUACGCGAGAGAGCCAGGAAGCUCUCACAGGGCAUCCUCAUUAUCAGGUUUGAGAUGCCCUACAACAUCUGGUGCGAUGGCUGUAAGAAUCACAUAGGCAUGGGGGUUCGAUACAACGCAGAAAAGAAGAAAGUCGGCAAUUACUACACUACGCCAAUAUACAGGUUCAGGAUGAAGUGCCACCUGUGUGUGAACUACAUCGAAAUGCAGACGGAUCCAGCCACGUGCGAUUAUGUCAUCGUAAGCGGCGCGAGCCGCAAAGAGGAGAGAUGGAACAUGGCUGAAAAUGAGCAAAUACUCACUACCGAGCACACAGAGAAAGAGAAGCUAGAGACUGAUGCCAUGUACAAGCUGGAUCACGGCGGAAAAGAUAAAGAGAAGCUGCGUGCCGCCAUUCCAACUCUGUCUGAGCUACAAGAGCACCAGGCCAGCUGGAAAGACGACUUUGUGCUCAACAGCUCUCUCCGCAGGAAAUUUAGGGAUGAGAAGAAGGCCAUAUGUGAAGAGGAGGAAAAGGACAACGCCACGAGGAAGAGGAUGGGUCUGUCUAUACCUUUGGUACCAGAGAAGGAGGAGGAUAAAAAACUCGCCUCGCUACUCACCUUCCAGAGCCCUGACUCGUAUGACGACAGACAGCAUACAAAGAGGCAGCAGAUCUCCUCUCGGUCCUGGUUUUCUUCACCCUCCUCCACUCCAUCAGGGAGCGCUGCGGGAAACCUUCUAAACAAACUGGGUCUAAAGAGCAGAGACGUCGCCGCUGCCAGAGGUCUGAAUGCCACUCCAAGCAGCUCCCUCGUCCGCAGGCGGUCAGAUGGCGGCAGCCCCGUCAUCGAAAGAGCCACCCUGACAUCAUGUUCCUCGCAGGUGUCUGUAACAUGCCCGAACAUGGCUGCUUUAAACUUGGAAAACUCUGAUUCGCCUUCCGUACAGUGCUCAGACAAGAGACAGGACACACACAUACAAUCCACAGAAGAGGAUUCUGGAAAGCCAGCUUCAGAGGUGCAUUGUGGGAUAGAAGGACAGAAUAUUAAUGAAUUCUGCUCAACAAAGUCACUAGUGGCAGAUUACAGCGACACAGACUCCGAUACGUGUCAGUGACUAACAACAGUGACUGAAUGUUCAAAUAAAAAAAAAAACAACAACAAAUUUGUCACAUCGUCUACAUGGCUUACAUGACAUUACUGUUAUUCGCAUGCUACAUUGUUUAAAAUGCACAUUUCACUUUAUUAUUCGUAUAUGAGAAAUAUUCUACUGUGACUUAUUGUAACGUAUUAAAACGUGCAUGAUCUUGCACUUGAUCUUGUCCUACCGUUAUAUAAGGCAGUGUAGAAAUAAAUAAAUCAAUAGCACUGUUUAGUGAGAUCUUCCAGUAAGUGUGUUUUAUCUGUGUUUGCUGAGAGAUAUUAAACCUUGGACCUGCCUGGAAAGGGGGGAAAA